GCGGGGAGGCGGCAGCGGCGGCGCCCAGCUCCCUGCCCGCCAUGGCGAUCCGCAAGAAGAGUAACAAGAACCCGCCGGUGCUGAGCCACGAGUUCAUCGUGCAGAACCAUGCAGACAUCGUGUCGUGCAUGGCCAUGAUCUUCCUGCUGGGACUUAUGUUCGAGAUCACAGCCAAGGCAGCAGUCAUCUUCGUUACACUUCAGUACAACGUCACCAUUCCUGCCACAGGUAGGUGUCUGCAGGGGGAAACAAUCUCUCUCUAUCACUAUGGCAUCAAGGACUUGGCUACCAUUUUCUUUUACAUGCUUGUAGCAAUAAUCAUACAUGCUAUAAUCCAGGAGUACGUGCUGGAUAAAAUUAACAGGAAAAUGCACUUCUCAAAAACAAAGCACAGCAAGUUCAAUGAGUCUGGGCAGCUCAGUGCAUUCUACCUGUUCUCCUGCAUCUGGGGCACCAGCAUCCUGGUCUCUGAGAACUACAUAUCAGACCCAACCUCCCUGUGGAGGGACUAUCCACACACUCUGAUUCCGUUUCAAAUGAAGUUUUUCUACAUCUUACAGUUGGCUUACUGGUUCCAUGCUUUUCCAGAGCUGUACUUCCAGAAAACUAAAAAAGAGGACAUCCUUCGCCAGAUUGUCUACAUUGGACUUUAUCUCUUUCAUAUUGCUGGAGCCUAUCUCCUGAACCUGACCCAUCUUGGACUUGUUCUUCUGGUGCUGCAUUACUUUGUUGAGUUUCUUUUCCACAUAUCUCGUCUGUUCUACUUCAGUGAUGAAAGAUACCAGAAAGGGUUUUCACUGUGGGCAGUUCUCUUUGUGUUGGGGAGGCUUCUCACCUUGAUCCUCUCAGUCCUCACUUUUGGCUUUGGACUGGCAAGAGCAGAAGAUCAGCAGCUGAACUUCAGUACUGGGAACUUCAACAUCCUGGCUGUUAGGAUCAGUGUGCUGGCCUCCAUCUGCAUGGCUCAGGCCUUUAUGAUGUGGAAGUUCAUCAAUUUUCAGCUUCGGAGGUGGAGAGAGCAUUCUUCUUCUCAGGCCCAGACAGUGAAAAAGAAGUUUGUAGCAGCUAAAGGAAAGUCCUCCAGAAAAGAAAGAGAGAACGGGAUCAACGGGACAGUGACCUCCAAUGGAGCAGACUCUCCCCGCAGCAGGAAGGACAAAUCCUCAUAGGCUGGGGCGGUGAGGUUCAGUGACUCGUGCCCCAAAGAACCUGCUCCGUACCUGCCUGGCCCUGCAGCACCAGAAGGUGUCCUGGAUUAAAGGAAACACAAUUCAUGGGGUUUGGUUAUUGCUGUUGUUUUGAGAAACUUUUUUUAAACCCAUUUUGACUAAGGAGAAGUUUAUUUGUCGGGGAGGGGCAAAACUUUUUAAAUAACAUUGACACUUUUUUAAGCAUUUCUUGUGAUGAAAUAACCCCACUCCAUGCGGAUCACUCUUGCCAUUAUUCUUUCCUUCCAGUUUUUGUGAUGUAUACUGUUCUGCCAACUGCACUCUUCCCAGGUUCUUCAGGAAGUGUUGCAGAGUUGAAGUAAAACCUUAGUGUGUGUUUCCAGGUGCUCUGGCUUGUCACUUAAUUGCCUUGAUCCAAAGUUACAGUUCCAAUUGGCAUCCCGAGACCACACCAAGAGACCUCUAUAUUUUGUAGUUAUUAGCUGCACAAUGUCUGCUCUAAGAAUUGCCCCCUGUCAUUAAAACAAAGCUGAACUCAUUGAAAAUGUUGCAGAGUCUUCUUGUCCAGUCAGGAAUCUGUCCCAGGGAGCACCAAACCUGUGUGAGGUGGAACUUUAGAGGG